AUGAGUUGCUCAAAUGUCCAACCACUUCAAAAGCCUUUAGAUAAUCCAUUUAUAGAUAAACCAGCUGGAAAACCCACAUAUUCCAAUAAAUCUAAUUUUUAUAAGUUAUAUUAUGAACCUUGUCCAAUGGAAUUUAAAACCUCUAGAAGAAAUAUUAAUCAUAAGAAUAAAACUUCAAUGUUUGAUGUAGCUCAUGUUAACAGAAAUGAAAAAGUAUCAGAUAUUAUUGAUCAUGAAAAUUCGGAUAUUCAGAAUACUUUAAAAAAAAAAAGAAUUAUCAUUCCAUCUUCAUUAGAUAUAAAAAAUAUACUUCAAAAUGAUAUGAAAAAUAUACCAAAUGAAAAAUAUGGAAAAAAAAUUUCUCAUGAAGCUAGAAAUUUUCAUAUAUUUUCAGAAGAAUAUAAUAAUGUAAAUGAGAAAAGAAGUAGCAAAAAAAUUAGUACUUACAGUUUAGAAAAAAACCCAUGUAAAUGGGGAGUGGAUGUUUUUAGAUAUACUUUACCAUCACCAAAAAAAAUAUAUAGACAUAUUGAUAAUUUAUCAUCUUGUUUAAUUCCUAACAAAAGUGAAGAUUCAAUUAUACCUAAAAAAAAAAAAAUUCAUUAUGUAACUAAUUUAGAGAAAUCCUUAUGCCCCAAAGAAGACAAUAUCAUUCCUAAUUCAAAUAAAAAAUUAAUUUAUCUGCAUGAGUCAAAAUUAGAUGUAAAUUAUGUCCCUAAAGAUUAUGAAGAAAAAAAAAACUUAAACAGACCGAAAUUUUAUAAUGGAAAUUUGAAUGCGGAUUUAACUCCUCUUGCUGAUAAUAAUAGAAAACCUUUUCAUAUCAACACAACAUGCAGAAAUAAAAAAUGUUCCAUAUCUUUUGGAUGUGAUAGAGAACCAUCACCAUAUAGACCAGGAAAAAGAAUUGGAUAUGUGAACACAAAAAAUGAAAAUUCCGUAUUUUUAUUUUAA